UCCUCCACUCUCAAGCUCCACGAGUUCAUCGGAAGCAAAAUCCCGCCCUACGCCAUCCUUUCUCACACCCGGGGUGAAGAAGUCUCUUUCCAGGACCUCCAAAGUGGCAAUCUCAAUGUCGCAGAGUAUAAAGGCUUCGACAAGACCAAACAGUGUUGCAGGAUAACGGCCGGGGAUGGCUUUGCGUUUGCUUGGGUUGACACCUGCUGUAUCAACAAAACGAGUAGCGCAGAACUCUCGGAGGCUAUCAAUUCGAUGUUUCGGUGGUAUCAGAGGGCUGCAGUUUGUUAUGCUUAUUUAGCAGAUAUCCCAUCCCAUGAGAAUCCGCAAAAGGAGUGGUCUGCUUUUAGGACAAGUCGCGAGGGGCUGGACGCUGCAAGAACUAAUUGUCUCCGUGCACGUGACUUUUCUCGGUGUGAUUGGCAAGAGAUUGGAAGCAAAUUAAGCUUGCAAGGUCUGGUCUCCGAGGUCACGAAAAUUCAUCUUGUAGCUUUAAUGGGAGGCGAUUUAGAUUGUUGGAACGCUGCUCAGGAAAUGUCGUGGGCCUCAGAUCGAACAACGACAAGAGAAGAGGAUAUUGCGUACUGUUUGAUGGGAAUUUUUGACAUCAACAUGCCAAUGUUGUAUGGCGAAGGCAUGAAGGCUUUUAUCAGGCUUCAAGAAGAGAUUAUCAGGAUCUCUCACGACCAGACAAUCUUGGCGUGGCGGAGUAAACCGAGCCUGUAUGGGAGCCACGAUGGAGGACUUCUUGCAAAUGGCCCACACUUAUUUGCCAAGUUAAGCAAUGUUGCCAGCUCGGGCUUCGAGGUAGGGGGGAGUCUGGAAUAG